GUUUUGACCUAUUCAAAAUAUUCAAACUAAUGAAAAAGAGUCGUUGUCCUCUGACGCGUCUCUCUCUAUCUCCUUAGAUUUUCAAAGUUUUCAACAUUCAACAAAAUCAUUAUUUUAAUUUUGCAGAGACGAAUCGAAUCGAUCUCAUCUCCAAAAAUCUUGUAUUCAAAGUUUGAUUUUCUGGGUUUCUUCUGUAUUAUCUCGAUAUUUGAAAAAAAUGGCGAAGGAAAUUGAAUCAGCGACAGAUUUAGGUGAUACUAACAUCAAAGGAGUUCUUGUUCAUGGAGGAAGAUAUUUUCAAUACAAUGUUUAUGGAAACUUGUUUGAAGUUUCUAAUAAGUAUGUUCCUCCUAUUCGACCUAUUGGUAGAGGAGCUUACGGUUUUGUCUGUGCUGCAGUAGAUUCGGAGACACACGAAGAGAUUGCGAUAAAGAAGAUAGGUAAAGCCUUUGAUAAUAAAGUAGAUGCAAAGAGAACAUUGAGAGAGAUUAAGCUACUUCGUCAUUUAGAACACGAGAACGUUGUUGUUAUAAAAGAUAUCAUUAGACCACCAAAGAAGGAAGAUUUCGUUGAUGUUUAUAUAGUUUUUGAGUUAAUGGAUACUGAUCUUCAUCAGAUUAUUCGAUCAAACCAAUCUUUGAAUGAUGAUCAUUGUCAGUACUUCUUGUAUCAGAUUCUACGAGGACUCAAAUAUAUUCAUUCAGCAAAUGUUUUACAUCGUGACCUUAAGCCGAGUAAUUUGCUUUUGAAUUCGAAUUGCGAUCUUAAGAUUACUGACUUUGGUUUGGCAAGGACUACAUCAGAAACAGAGUAUAUGACAGAGUAUGUUGUAACACGAUGGUACAGAGCACCAGAGCUGCUUCUUAAUAGUUCUGAGUAUACAUCUGCUAUUGAUGUAUGGUCUGUUGGUUGCAUAUUUGCUGAGAUUAUGACAAGGGAACCGCUUUUCCCGGGGAAGGAUUACGUUCAUCAGCUUAAACUUAUCACUGAGUUGAUAGGAUCACCUGAUGGAGCGAGUCUAGAGUUUCUCAGAAGCGCGAACGCGAGAAAAUAUGUUAAGGAGCUACCUAAGUUCCCAAGACAAAACUUUUCAGCUAGGUUUCCUAGUAUGAAUUCUACAGCUAUCGAUCUACUAGAGAAAAUGCUCGUGUUUGAUCCAGUAAAACGUAUCACGGUUGAGGAAGCACUGUGUUAUCCUUACUUGUCAGCUCUUCACGACCUUAACGACGAGCCUGUUUGUUCCAACCAUUUCAGUUUCCAUUUUGAGGAUCCGUCUUCCACUGAAGAAGAGAUAAAGGAGCUUGUGUGGCUCGAAUCUGUGAAGUUCAAUCCUCUGCCGAGCAUUUAAAACAUUAUUUAAGAAGGGGAAAGCAAGUUUUAUACUCUGACAUUGAGCAAAACAAAUUAGUAGUGUUUAAGCUCUGUUUCUCCUUCAUCUCAUGUUGAUCGUUGUUUAAGCUAUUUCACUAGUUAAAAAAGCUGUCUUGCAACUCAAGAAAUUGUUCUAUAAGGAUCCUUGUAACCCAAGACAUAUCUUUAGUAGUUAUGUCCAUUCUUAUUAUCAGGAUGUCUUAGAUAGUGUUCUGUUUCUUCUACAUAUCAUGUUGUUAUCUUGUAACUCAAGAAAUUAAAUUAAAAAGCUAUCUUUGUUUAGACUUGUAUCAUGUCACUUGGAUUGUACUCGUAGAAAAUGGGAAAAACUCGAUGUGUUUAUUCAUCUCCAGCAGUUUCUUCAAGCACUACGUCGAGCUCUUGCAAAUUUUGGUAAUGAACACUAGUUCGAUCC